GCUGCCCCCAGCUGGCAUAGACCCUCCCCUAAGGGUAGAGGAUGGCUCACGGCCCUGGGCACUCUGGUGUGGGGCAAAGUGAGAACAGAGGUGCAGGUGGAUCCAGUGACAGACGCGACCAUGGCCCUGAGGGGACCCUGCCCUUUGCUAUUCCUGACCCUCAUCCUGCUGGUAACCUGCCUGGCCCAGAUCAUCAGACCACCCGACAGCUACCAAAACUUUGUGAGUGAACACGUUGAUUUCCCCAAGACCCGACCCCCCAAGGGCCAGAGCUACUGCGAUCACAUCAUGCGGCUCAUGAGCCAGAACAUGGCUGCCUGCAAACUCACCCACACCUUCAUCCACGCCCCCGCCAGCCAGCUCCGGACCAUCUGCACUACCAGAGGGAGAUGCAACCUAUACAAUGAAUGUGACAGCAACGCAGCCUACGCCGUCACCACCUGCUGGCUGAACAAACCCCCCAGCCCACCAAGCUGUGUCUACAGGGGAGUACCCCAGACCCGCAGGAUCCGCGUGGCCUGUAUCUGGGGGCUGCCCGUGCGCUUCCUCAGAGUCGUGUAGAACCCAGGUGCUGGCCAUGGGCUGGGCGGUGGGGGCUCCCCCUUUUUCUCCUGUCAUUGGGGGCUCUCCUGCCCCAUCCCUGCCCCUCCGCGACAGCACCUGCCAUGCGUCUCCACAGGGACAUUCAGCAUCUCCCCUUAUCCCACAGGCCGGCAGCUUGGGGCCUUCCGGGGUGGGGUGGGGGGUUCCCAUAUUGUGUGCCCAUCUGCAUGAUUGAAAAUCCGGGCACCCAGCCCCCUUGGCUGGCACUGAAACCCUCAGCCUGAGCCCAGCACCCACCUCGCUGGAUGCCCAUUACACAAUACAGCUGCCCCUCCUACCCCGCAUCCAUUCGGUAUUGGGGGCAGGUUGUGGGGAGAAGAUUGUCCCAGGCGGGGCCCUGGAAGCUGUCACUGAGUUUGUUUCCUUGCUGCUUCUUGCAAUAAAACGCUU